AUGGAUCCUAAUGCUAAACUUUGGGGAGAAGGUAAUAUUUCUGUUGAUACUGGGAGAUAUCAAAGAUUGGUUGGGAAAUUGAUUUAUUUGUCACACACCCAACCUGAUAUUGCUUUCUCAGCUAGUGUAGUGAGUCAGUUUAUGCAUUCUCCUUUCGAGGAACAUCUUGAGGAAGUCUAUAGGAUAUUGAGAUAUUUGAAGGGAAAUUCUGGAAAAGGAUUAUUUUUUAAGAAGACUAGUGAAAGAAAUGUGUUUAUCUUCACCGAUGUGGAUUGGGCAGGUUCAGUCAUAGAUAGAAGAUCAACCUCUGGAUAUUGUACCUAUGUUUGGGGUAAUCUUGUGACAUGGAGGAGUAAGAAACAAGGAGUUGUAUCAAGGAGUAGUGCAGAUUCCGAGUUUAGAGUUAUGUCUCAAGGUAUUUGUGAAGGAUUAUGGAUCCUUAGAGUCCUAGAAGAACUUAAGAUGAAAAUUGAGCUUCCAUUGAAAUUGUAA